CACCUAAAGUAGUCUCGGAGGUCAGCUGAACUAAUGGGUCUAGUCUGAAAGUGACCUCCUAAAGAAAGCUCGUGAAGAAAGCCGAGGCACGUUCAUAGGCCGUCUAGGGGCACGGAGGGUUGGAAGAGCCUCGUGCACACUCCUCCCACUGAGUUGUCCCGGGAAACGCUAACAACUGAAGAAAGUGCACGGGGAGGUUUGGUGGGAGCGCAUCCAUUUCACUGUUAAAGGACUUCUGCGAGGCCAUCAUCCGUCGGAGGAGGAGGAGGAUGAGGAGGAGGAGGAUGAGGAGUAUGCUUCUUCUUCUUCUUCUGGUUCCCGCUGCCCGAGGUUGACCGGAGCCCGUGUCCAGGGACAUGAAACUCAAUCCACAACAAGCUCCACUGUAUGGGCGGUGUGUUAUCACGGUGCAGCUUGCUGAUGAAGAGCUGGCUGCAGAUGAGGAGGGUGUGGACUACUUCCUGCUGUUUGCUGGCAGCACACAGAGGCAUCUGACCAGCACCCUAAGGAGCAGUCAUGACACCUUGGAGGCACUGUGUCCCGCUCAUGACUGUUGCGAGGUGGUGUUGGUCACCUUGUGUUCAGUCAGCCAAGGUGUCCCCAAGACCAUCGAGGACCUAAAGCCCUGUCUGGGUCGUGUGGCCCCCUUGGCCGAGUAUCGAUUCAGCUUUGUCCAGGAUUUGGCUUUUGACAUGGCCCAGUUCCUGGUGAGCACGGCAGGCCGGGCUGAUGGCCUCGAUGGGGCACUGCUGCUGGAUGAGUGUCAGAUUCCUCUGCAGGAGUGUGAACGUCUGGAUGAGAGCCUGGCGCUGGCCCUCCACCAUCUUGUGCUGCCUCCAGGAUGGAGCUUACUGGGGAAAGAACUAACCAACAGCACUGACAUGAAACCUCAAGAGACUCUGCUGCAUUUCUCAGCACGUCGAGGUCUUUUCCGGGUUACGCACUUCUUGCUGCAGCAGUCUGGAGCGAGAGAAGCCCUGCAAUUGGUCAACAGACAAGGCCACACCCCCUCUGCCAUUGCAGCCAUACGAGGACAUGAACACCUCCUGGAGCUCCUCACACAGGCUCAGACGGACAAAGGGACUGAGACUGUCCAGCUGGUGUCAGCGGACGCUCGGGUAGUUUGCCACCUCCCCAGGCUGAACACACACACUCUGACGCUAAGGAUCCCUCCCGACUGCGACCCUCCAAGCCUUCAGAGGAACGUGGACCAGCUGCUGCACUUGAUAUGCCAUCUCCAUGCCAAGGGAGUUUGUGUACUGGAGCUGCAGUUUGAUUCUCUGCACACAGCUGCUGAAUGUUGUGAUGGUGUAGAAACAGAGAUAACCUGUCUGGAGCAACUACGGCUGCCUACUACAGCAUCUGAGUGUCUGGAGACAACAACAGAAGGGAGCUGGGUGGAAAACUGCUCAGUGGAAAGUCACAGUAGUUUAGAUUGUGGACACGGUGAGACUGGGAAUGCAAAUAGAGUGUUGAGUUUGUCUGUGAGCUCUCCAACGUUAGACUUACGGACCCAGGAGCAUGGACUCGGCCCCCAAGCAGACCGGGUGUGUCUCAGUUCAAACACUGGGAGAGAUUACUGCCAAACAGAGCAGGAGGGAACGGAGCAGCCUGUUGUUUCCACCCAGAGUUUGAGUUUGCGUGACAGGAGUGAAGGAGCACAGAGUGGGGCAGAAGGGAAGAGCCUCACUGUGGGAUUCCUCCCACCAGCAGGCUGCGAUAAACAGGCAGAGGAAACUGAUAGAAGAGAGGCUGUGAUCUGGGAAGUACAGGAGGCCACGGAGGGAAAAGACAGAUCAGAGCAGGAAGCAAAAGACAGCACAGCUAGAAGGAGGGAGGAGGAGACCAACUCAGAGUCAACAGAUCCAAUAACGCCCAGUGGAGUCACAAAAGCUUUGAUCAUGGGCCAGUCCCUGUCACUAGAGGGCUCAGAGGUAUCAGACACACACUGUCAGGAACGAGGGACCAGCGGGGAACUUUGCCUGGAGCUCUGGGACAGACUCUCUUUAGAGGAGGAGAAGGCAAAGAGUGAAGCGUUAACAGAACCUGGAUCAAACCCUGGGGACCUCCCCAACCCAUCGCUGAUAGACUGCGGUGAUGUAAUCAAGGAGCCUGAGUAUGCUAUUCCACGUCUCUUGAUAGAGAGCCUCCAUGAGGGGGAACCUCCAGCAGACAUAAACAACCUGGAAGAAAACCAGGAAACAGCUGGUGGGGAUUACGCAACAGAGCAGCACUGGGGCUUGGCUCCAGAAACCGGUUGUCAAUCUGGGAAUUGUACUGGAAAAGUGAGUUUUAAAGAGGUAGGUGGCAAAGACAAAGUCAAACCUUCUGGAUACAAUAUUGAAAGUACCAGUUUUCCUUUGGACAACAAUGACAAUGCAGCUGAUUGUCGGACUGCUGGUAACUCCAUGGAGGUUUUACAUGCUGAUCAUGAUUCAGGGAUGACCCUCGUCCUCUCCAGUGAUGAUGAUAGCAGUUUCCGAUCAGUUGGAAGCUCCACAACAGAUAUAUUCCACCCUGCUCAGGACGAUGCUAGUAUGGAGGAUCAGGACUUGUUUCAAACCAAGAUAGCAGAUCUGCCCUCAACAGGAUUCAAGACGGAAGAUGAUUCAAACCUAGGUGAGGGCAAUAAACAUGCACUAACUGUUGACGCGGGGUUCCCCUUGGAGCCGGGUGCUGUCAGUGCACUGACCGUGACAGACUGCAGUCAGACUGGCACUGAGGCUGAAUCCCAACUGUCACCCAGCCUCCAGACAACGGAGGCUUUGAAUCCUGAGGGGUUGAGAGAGAAACUCGCUCAUGAACUUUCCAAAGAGGAUCUGUCUUUAGGUCCUGCCUUGUCAGACCGUGGGGACGUUCUGAUGAGGAAGGCAGAUGAAGAAGAAACUGGAGAGGCCAGUGACUCUGAACUAAAUGCAGUGAUUGAGCAUUUGACGUCGGAGGUCACCAGUAGGGCUUUAUUUGAACCCAGUUCAUCUGUUACAGAAGAAAGUGAAGUGAUUUGCACAGUUAAAGGAGACCUUCAGUCAACAGAGACCAGUGAAGAAUCUGCAGUGGCCUCAGCUGGAAAGAGUGGAGACCUGCAAUUGGUGCUACAGCAACCCAACCCAGAUAAUCCAGAUAUGACAGCAGAUGAAAGGUCACCUGAUGAAGGAUCAAGGCACUCAGAGGAUCUGGUCAAUGCAUCUUCAUUCAAAGGUGUCCCUCCACUUUCAGAUAGCGCUGAUGUCAUUGCCUUGGAAGUGGAGCCUCCCUGUCCAAACAAUGAAGCUUACAGUGGACCUGAUGUUGAGAAUGAGUUGACUGAAAAUCCAAUGACUCUUGACGCAGUGGAUGGAGCAUCACAAAGCCACAGCAGAGCAAAUCAAGUUGUGGAAGUCAUCAUGUCUGAAGCUGAAACUCUAAUUGGUGCAGAGGAGGAAGAAAAUGGCCCCUCAGAGGAAACAAACUUCUCCAUGAUCCAUCGAGACAGAGAGGCGUCGUUCCAUCAGUCCAUCAGCAACACUCAACACUCAGGAGCCUCACAGUCUUCAGCAUUUCCCAGUUUGCCCAGUAGAAGCAGCAGUGCCACCAGCUGUCCGUCCACAGCUCACAGGGAAUCUGGCAGCGACAUCGAAAGCUUCCUAAACACUGAGCCGGGAUAUGACGGUGUCUUCAGAAAGAACGAUGAACCAGUGACAGGAGGAGACAGUGCCAGCGAGGUGUCCGUCUCCUGUUCCUCGGCAGACGACACCGCCAGCAUCGGUCUGUCCAGCUCUAGUCCCGAGUGCAGCCAGGGCCUGGAAUGCAGCUGGAGCCCAGAGGAGAGCAUCCAGACUGGGGCUCCUAUCACUGCAGGACUGGACAGUGGUUGUGGGGGUGGUGGAGGAGCAGGAGAAGCUGAAGAAGAAGCCAAAGACAGAGUGACCGAGGUGCCACGUCGCUCCUGUCUACUCCGGAACAGUAUCCGCUCCCUGUCGCCUCUUCGCCGCCACAGCUGGGGGCCUGGGAAGAACAACGGAGGAGAAGCAGAGAUGAACCACAGGAGUUCUGCCCAUAGCCCUGGUGAGAGGAAGCUGACCUUUCACAGGAGAAGCUACAGCCUGGAGGGGCUCAGUGGGGCCCAGGCGGAGCUGAGGGGCCCCACCAUUCAGGGGCCACAAAUCCCGGAGCCUUCAAGGAUGUGUAGGCAUGACAGCGAUGACAGGGGCUCCCUGGUUUCUCUGACAGAGGAGCAGGAGGAGCUGGGGGAUCAUGGCAGACUACAUGACUCGAAAUCAAGGCGGUAUCGCCCUCUUCGAAACAGCUGUCCUCCCUUGACCCUGCCCCUCACCAAGUCUGUAUCCAUGCUCGCCAUCAGCCACAGAGACAUUGAUGGUAUGAGGUCGUUUUCCAGCGCCUCUGGGUCCCUAGCAUACAGUAUAUCAGAAGAAGAGCCUGGCCCUCUGCGGAGCGACACUGAGGGAAAGAGUGUGACCAAAGUCAGUCGCACCUUCAGCUACAUCAAGAACAAGAUGUACAAAAAGACCAGGGAAAAGGAUAGAGAGAAAAGGGAUAAAGAGAAGGAGGGCAAGGAGAAGGACAAGAAGGCAAUUAAUGGUCAUAUUUUCACACCAGUGGGCUCGGGCCAUGCGGCCCAGUGCUUCCAGUGCAAUAAGGCUUUCAACACCAAGGAGGCUUUCCAUUGCUCAUACUGUAAUGCUUCCGUCCACAAGAGCUGCAGGGACAGCCUGCCUGUUUGUGCCAAGGUGAAGAUGAAGUUGCCCAAACAGCAGUUUACAGUACCAGAUUCAACCUCUUUUCCUACAGUCACGUUGAGGAACAAAUCUGGUGGGACAAGGGAGCGUCCCUGGUCUGCUAUCUUGUCCCCUGAAGACCAUUCUUCCCUGAUGAUCCCAUCACGAAGACACACCAGCAUCAUGACUUUCCAUGGCAACAACCUCUCCAAGAGUCUCUCCAUAAGCAACAUCGCUGGUCCGGUGUUUGACGACAUGCCCAUUAAAGGCCUGCGGUAUCUCUCCCAGUCUACUGACUCCCUCAACAGAACCAACCAGGUCACAGAGUCCAUGGAAUCACUCACUGAUGAAGGGACGGAGAUGAUGGACGGCCAGCUGAUGGGGGAGUUUGAGGCAGAUUCCAAGGAGCUGGAAGCUGACUCGUGGAGUUUAUGUGCGGAGCAGCAGUACAUGCAGCAGCUGGACAAAGAGCUGGUGAAGAAACAGGACGUCAUCUAUGAGCUGAUGCAGACCGAGAUGCAUCACAUCCGGACGUUGCGCAUCAUGUCGGAAGUCUACAGCAAGGGCCUGCAGAAGGAGGUGCAGCUGGAGCUGCAGACGGUGGAGAAGCUGUUCCCCGUUCUAGAUGAACUCCUGGAGCUCCACACGCAGCACCUCCUCCGCCUCCUGGAGAGGAAGAGAGAGUGCCAGCUGGAGACGGGGAGCUCAGAGGGAGGCUUCAUUAUCAACAGGAUAGGAGACAUCCUGGUCAGCCAGUUCUCAGGUUGCAACGGGGAAAACAUGAAGCGUGUUUACGGGAGAUUCUGCAGCCGCCACAACGAAGCCGUCAACUUGUACAAAGACCUCCUGACCAAAGACAAACGCUUCAAGGCCUUUAUCAAAAAAAAGAUGAGUAGCAGCAUUGUGCGGAGGCUUGGUAUCCCAGAAUGCAUCUUGCUCGUGACCCAGAGGAUAACAAAGUAUCCAGUGCUAAUUCAGAGAAUCCUGCAGCACACUAAAGAAAGCGAGGAAGACCAUGACGACCUGACUGACGCUGUUCGGCUUGUGAAGGAGGUGAUCGCAGCAGUUGAUAGCAAGGUGAACGACCACGAGAAAAGACGUCGUCUGAAGGACUUUCACGGCCGCCUGGACAGCAAGUCCAUCAUGGUGAUGAAGAGUGGUCAGAUCUUCGCCAGGGAGGAUCUGCUGAGAAGAAGGCUGAUCCACGAUGGAGUGCUGCAGCUGAAGAACUACCAGGGAAGACUAAAGGAUGUCCAAGCUCUGCUACUCUCAGACGUCUUUGUCUUCCUUCAAGAGAAAGACCAGAAAUAUGUCUUCGCCAUGCUGGACCAGCGCUCUACAGUCCUCUCCCUGCAGAAGCUGAUUGUGAGGGAGGUCGCUAACGAAGAGCGUGGCCUCUUCCUCAUCACGGCAGGCAUCGAGAAACCUGAAAUGAUGGAGGUCCUGGCCAGCUCCAAGGACGAACGCAACACCUGGAUGCAGCUCAUCCAGGACGCCAUGCAGUCCAUGGAUAAAGAUGAGGAUGAAGGCAUUCCCAGUGAGACGGAAGAUGACAAGAGACAACUGGAGACCAAAGCCAAGGAGAUAAGAGAUCUGUUGAGGCAGAAGGACACAGAGAUCAUGUCUCUGCUGGAGGAGAAGGUGCAGCUCUUCAGGGGGAUGUGGGAGGGCUCGACCCCAGGCGAGGAGGUCUGCCGCCAGGUCCAGCCUUUCUUCAGGUCAGCCUGUAGCUCGGAGCCACCCAGGGGGGCGUCUAUCAUGAAGGAUGCCUUGCAGGAAGUGGAGACAUUACAGGGGCUGGUGAACGACAGCCUGGGUGGGGCGAUGGCCAGCAUCCAGGAGGGAGGAGGCGCGGGGCCGGUGUGUUUGCCCCGUCGGGCCGAGACCUUCGGAGGCUUCGACAGCCACCAGAUGCACAGCAGUAAAAGUGGAGACGGCGCCGAGAGCGAGGAUGCAGCGGGAGAUCUGCGCAGGACCGAGUCGGACAGUGUUUUAAAGAAGGGAGGAAACGCCAACCUGCUGCUGCUGCUGAAAAGGAACAGUGAGGUCCUCCACAGUGUCUCCAAUCUGCAUCUGCUGCUCAGCACUCUGCAGGCGGUGGUGGUGCAGCAGGACAGUUUCAUAGAGGACCAGCGGCAGGCCCUGAGCGAGCGCUCCUCCUCCUGCACGUCUUUAUCCCGGGCGUCCUCGCGGCCCAGCUCGCUGAUUGAACAGGAGAAGCAGCGCAGCCUGGAGAAGCAGCGGCAGGAGCUGGCAUCCCUGCAGAGACAGCAAGCAGCUCAUGCUGAGGAGAAGAGGAGAAGGGAGAAGGAGUGGGACACGAGGGAACAGCAGCUGACUGAAAGGGAGGGGCUGGUGCACAUGCAGGAGGAGGAGGUCCUGAAGCAGCAAAAGGAGCUGGAAGAGGAGAAGGAGAGGCUGCAGAAUAAGAAGGAGGCGUACCAGAAAGACCUGGAGAGACUGCGAGACGCCCAGAGGAAGCUGGAGAGGGACAGAGAGGCCGUGCAGCGCCAGUACGACAAGAUGGAGGAGCUCCGUCUGUCUGAGAGGACUCCCUCUACAACGUUGGAUGAGUCCCAGUUCCCCGGCAGCUCCCAGUCUCUGGAGCUGGACCCGCUGGACUUCUCCUCCCCCUCCCUGCUGCAGCUUCAGCCCCAACGGUCUAGGCUCAAAGGGAAAGGCCUGAAUCCCUUUACCUCAUCCUCCAGCAACCUGAAAGGCAGUGACGCCAACAACCAGAUCUCAAAGAGCCUUCUGCAGCUGGCCAAGAACAAGAGCAAAGAGGAGAAGCAGAAGGAGAAGAAGAAGAAGAAGGGCAAAGGGGGGAGCACACCGACAGCAGACCCCCAGCACCUCCCUGAGCCUCCUCUGGAAGGAGAGAUCUUCUUCUGCUGAGAGAAGUGGCUCUCCUCCUCAUCAUCAUCAUCUUCAACCCAUGACAGCCAUUCCAGAGGAAUGUGUUGCUGCCAAGUAGUAAUACAUUCAUCUGCCUACGUAAUACUGCUGUUUUGGCACCUUUUUGAAUCACCUUUAAAAGGCUUUUUUUCGUAUCAUGACAAAGAGAAAUUUAAAAUUACAUGCAAUACAAAGACAAAAAAUAUAUUUUCUUUUACUUUAAAAUCCUAUGCUUCUAGUUUCUGGAAAGUACAAACAUUUUAGGAAUUCUGUUAUGGUGUGCAAGUUGACAUACAUAAAAAUGUAAAUAUAACAUGGAAUAGCAAUACAUUUUUGGGUAUUCUUUUCCUUUUUUCUUCCAGAAGAAACCAUGGUUACAUGACAGUAGAUUCAUUUCUUCAUUUUGAGUUUCAAAGUGAACACACUCUGCCAAGUGUAUCACAGGCUCCACUGCCUUUUUGUUGGCAGGUUUUUUUGGUCCCAUCUUUUCAACAGUCCAUUCUGGUAUAAGUUCCACACCAAUAGGCUAUAUUAUUAUUUAUGGAAGCGAAAGGUCCUGUGUUUCAUUCAGAAAUGCUACUGUAUAGAUUCACAUUGAAAGAAAAUUGCAGCUGAGCAUUCCUAAACUCAAUAUUUGAGAAGCAAAUUUGGCUGCGUCCACUAAUUUUGUCUCUGGUUGGUAAGCAAAAUUUCAUUGAAAUAGCGUCAGUAGUUCUCUUUAAAGAUGGUAUGCCAUCAUUCUUGUUCCUUGGCUCGCUUUUAAUUAAUUUGAGUAAUGGAUAUGUCUUUUUUGGAGCGACACUCUUCAGAUGUGUGUUUCUUUUCCAAGACUCAAUAGUAAUGAACGGAUUGAGACAUAUCUUCCAAAGUCUAAUGUCUCAAUUCAUUUUAUUUUAGUGUAUUUUAGAGCCUUGGAUGGAUAUUAGCUUGAUCCCUGCUUUAUCUGCCUGUCAGUAGGCUUUUAUGCAGCCCUCAUCUUUAAUCUGAGCGCUGAUGAGUGGGGGUUUCCUUAGCUUUUUAAUUGCAUGUAACUCUGCAGGUAGCAUACUAAUGGCUUCUGUCUGUUAAAUAGUUCAACUUUCUCUUUCAGUCUCCCUCUUUCACUUCUGAUAAUAGACUGUACAUGCACAUGGCUGAUGGCUUCAGGAAAUGGAGGCUGUUCAUGUAGGUAAAAAGCAGCUGGUUAGAGGAACUGAAAAAGGACGUUAACUAAAAACACCAAAUGGCGCUAUAUGUCCCUGUUUGGACGUGUGGUGACUUAACCUGCUGCGCGGGUACCGCCUGAGUGUCUGAUCAUUGCAAAUGAAUCAACACUCAUCAGUGUUGCCGAGCACUCUGGUCCUAAUAUGUUGCAAUAGAAGACACUGAUGCUCAUGAAAAGCAAGAAAUAUCCAAAGCGAGAUAAUGGGUUGAAGUACAUGAAAGAUGCUGCGGCUCCUUUUGGUUAGUGUUGAAAUGGAAGUAGGGGCUGGUAGCUUUAAUAUAACGUUUCCAGGUGACCUGUCUGACCUGUCUUAAUUUUGAAGCCUGUGUUUUAUCCCCACUAGGCCCAGAUUGUGGGCCACACACUACCUGCUGGACAGGUAGGAAGGACAAACAGAAGAAGUUAGAAAAAGGACUGUUUCCCGUGAACUACCGGGCAGCGCCACUGAACUGCUUUCUGGCUGCCUCUUUUGUCGUGUGGUUUGGUAUCGGGCUGACUGUGUUGAGGAUUUGACUUCAUGUCCAGGCUGUUUUAUUAUAGUUUGGGUUCUAUGAGGCUUACAGGCCAAUUAGUAGCUCCGUGUCUUUGUCUAUGGCUUUGGUGUAAUCCUGUCAAAGAAAUGGAGAGUAAUGGUCUUGUUUCUGUUGCUUUAGGUGUGUUUGGACCACUAGGGAGCACUGCACCUAUGACUAAAUUAGUUCCCUCCCUCACACAACAACUGGAAAGUAUGAAACUUUGGUUUUUAAAAGGUUUAAUUAUUUUUUUUUAACAUCUUCUCCCUCCUAUGAGAAUUUGACAUAUUUUUCUCAGCAGGUCCUUGCCGUAGAUAGAUAAUGUGAUGAGCGUGGCUCUCACACAUUUGUAAUUGACUGCAGUAACAAAUAAGUUGUCAGAGAUUGUAAUUGGUUAUUCAGUGAAACCAGUCAGCAGCAGCUUUGAAUGUGGAAAAGAAGAAGGUCUAACGGUUGGUUGGGGGGGGCGACCGACAGAACCACAAACCUCUCUCUCUGUAAGGAACAAUCAGCAGACACGAGUCAGGAGAAUGAAGUCCCCCCACCCGCCCCUGAAGAUGAUUGGGCUGUCCAUGAGACGAGUGUGUCCAUCAGGGGGACGCUGCGCGGCCUUCCAUCUGAACGAUGAAACGCACCAGAGUAGAACGGAGAGAGAGGAGAGCUUUCACACCUCUGCUUUGACACAAAGGAAACGUUUGGACUAUAAAAGGGAUACAGAAGUGUUUCAUUCCCCACAUUGUAAAAAAGGGCAAAGACAGAUAUGUAAAUAUGAUUUAUGUAUAAAACCAAUCAAAUGUAAAAUAUUGUUUCAUUUGUGAUCUAUUGCAAGAUUUUGUAAGAAUGUUUUAUUUAUGUUUUAAUCUCCCCCUUGGGGUGAUGUAAAGUCAUAUUUCUCUCAUAAUAAAAAAAGUCAUAAGGGACA